AUGAGGGUUGUGGAGGUUGAAAAGUUCACUGGAAGCCAUGAAGAAAAAGAAAAAAGAACUGUAGCACAGAUUUAUGUAGAAUAUUACCUGGUAGUUGUCUUGGAAUGGCUUACCUUCUGCUGCCUGCAGCCUGAGAGCAGGUUCUUGGAGGACUUCUUUGAGGGUAGAUGGGUUAUCAAAGAGUCUUACCAGCAGGAUCUGGGAGUCAUGUCUAAGGAGAGUGACCACUGCUACAUCAUUGUGCAAGUAUCUCAACUUGUCCACGUGAUCAGUUGUGACAAUACGCUCAUCAUGAAAAUCAAUGUGAAGUUUACAGAGUUUCCACUGGGCCUUUGCUGCCUGUGUGAUUCUACCACUCCUGAUGGACCAUGGGAAGUUUUGGAUUGGUUUUCCUCUGGCACGGAGCCCACCUUUGGCAAAGCUGACUCUGUUGGUUACCUGGAAGGGGAAGGAAGCCAGGCAACCAUUGGUCUUUAUGACCUUUCUGUUGAAGGAGUCCAGUACGUGGGCACUGGUGUCAAAUCAAGUUUUGGGAACCUCUCCCCACUCCCCUGCGGCAAAGCCCUCUACAGCUAUGAGGGGAAGGAGCCUGGAGACCUCAAGUUUAACAAGGGUGAUGUGAUCAUCCUGCGGCGCCGCGUGGACGAGCACUGGUUCCAAGGAGAGCUGCAUGGCGCCCACGGCUUCCUGCCUGCUAGCUACGUGCAGUGCCUACACCCCUUGCCACAGGCCCCACCCCAGGGCAAAGCACUCUACGAUUUCGAGAUGAAGGACAGAGACCAGGACCAGGACUGCCUGACCUUCACCAAGGAUGAAGUCCUAACUGUCAUCAGAAGAGUGGACGACAACUGGGCUGAAGGGAUGCUGGGAGGCAAGAUCGGAAUCUUCCCCCUGCUGUACGUGGAGCUCAACGACUCUGCCAAGCGGCUCAUUGAGAUGGACAAGCAGUGCCCCCGUGCGGUGUCUGGAUGCCAUACCUCCUUGCCCUCUGACCCUGGCGCUGUGGCCAGUGUGGCCCUGGCCCCCACAUUCAGCAGCCUGGGGGCAGUCAGUGCCUUUCAGCGGCGUGUGGAUGGCAAGAAGAAUGCCAAGAAACGCCACUCCUUCACCGCACUCAGUGUGACACACAAGUCCUCCCAGGCCUCCAGCCACCGGCACUCCAUGGAAAUCAGUGCUCCAGUCCUCAUCAGCUCUAGUGACCCUCGGGCUGCAGCCAGAAUCGGGGACCUGGGGCACUCGUCGGGUAGUGUUCCUGCCCAGGACUCCAACUCCUCAACCGGACCCACCCCAGUGGCUGAACAGCAGGGCCUAGCUCCCAAAGUCCAGCUGCCUCUCAACAUAUACCUGGCCCUCUAUCCCUACAAGCCCCAGAAGAAUGAUGAGCUGGAAUUGCGUAAGGGUGAGAUGUACCGAGUCCUCGAGAAGUGCCAGGAUGGCUGGUUUAAGGGGAUGGCCCUGAGGAACGGGCUCUCGGGGGUGUUCCCAGGGAACUACGUGACACCUGUCUCCAGAGUUCCCAUAGGAGGGGCUGUGCCACCCCGGAAUAAUGUGGUUGGAGGUUCUCCACUGGCCAAAGGCAUGGCUACGACUAUCCAUCCUGGCGGCGGAAGUCUGAGCAGCCCAGCCACAGCCCCAAGGCCCACACCACCUCUCAGUACCUCUCAGGCUAUUUCUCCCCCUGCUGGUACCUGUCUGUGGCACUCGGCACAGCCUACCACCAGCCAAGCCCGGAGCACUGCUCCUCCAGCUGCCUCGACUCAGGCCCAGGACCGACCGACAGCCACGGUGUCACCCCUGCGUACCCAGAGCUCCCCGUCCCGCCUGCCUAGCACAAGCCUCAGACCCCACUCCUCGGGGUCUCCGCAGCACAUCCAGCAGUCCCCCCUGCAGAGUGGGGCUGCAGCCCAGGGGCCUCGACCAGCCAUCCCACUCACCUCUGCAGCCUCAGCCAUCACCCCUCCCAACGUCAGCGCCGCCAACCUCAGCGGGGAGUCCGGAGUGGUGCCUGGCAGCAUCCUGUCCACACUCAGCCCCACCAACAUGGGGUGCAAAGCAGACGAGAAGAAAAAUGAAAAGAAAGAAAAGAAGAGUGGGCUGCUGAAGCUUCUGGCUGGGGCAUCCACUAAGAAGAAGUCUCGCUCUCCACCAUCCUUCUCUCCCACACAUGAGCCCCAUCUGGACAGCAUGCUUCAGGGUGCCGUGGGGCCCGAGGUGUCCUCACUGUCUGUCCAUGGCAGGGCUGGGUCCUGCCCCAUUGAGAGUGAGAUGCAGGGGGCACUGGGGCUGGAGCCUCUGCACAGAAAAACUGGAUCCCUGGAUCUUAACUUCUCUUCAUCUCCGUCCAGGCAAUCCUCUCUGUCCAUGUUUGCCAUCCACCCUGAGCUCAAGCCACUGCCCAGAGAAAGGUACCGAGUGGUGGUCUCCUACCCACCCCAGAGUGAGGCGGAGAUUGAGCUGAAGGAAGGUGACAUUGUCUUUGUUCACAAGAAGCGAGAGGACGGCUGGUUCAAGGGCACCCUGCAGCGCACAGGCCGCACUGGUCUUUUCCCCGGCAGCUUUGUGGAGAGCUUCUGAGGCCAUGCUUCCCCCCCUCAUGGGGACCACAGCCUCCCCCAGAAAGACUCAAGGCUCAGGGAAAAGGGCCAUGCCUCUAGAGGGUGCCAGGCUUGCAGGAGCAGCCCCUGGGCCCAUGGCCCUUGGCUGCACCCUAACCCCAAGGCGCACUGCAGAGUCAGUCAUUCUUCCAGGAAAUGCCUCCUCGCUCAGACUGUCAGGAGUGGCUUUUGGAAAAAGAAGAGACUGGCACAGGGCACUUUCUGUGACUUACCAUAGGGCCUUGAACUCCAUUCUUGCAGGCUGGCUGUGGGGCAGGGCGGGGCAGGGAGCAGAGCACUUGAAGACUAUCCUGGGCUCGUGGGGUCUGCAUUGCUCCAUCUCCUCUCUAUAUACCUCAGUCACCUGCCACCUGGUCUCAGCAAUGGUGGCCCUCGCCCGGGGCCCUUCCUGGAGUUCUGGGGAAGCCACUGUGCGGCUGCUUGGGGACACCACACACCUCCUGCCAGUGUGAUAAGCGACACUCUUCAUUUCUGGCCCAGUAUCCCUUUUGCUUUGCCUCUUUCUUCAAGCAUCUCUUUGAUGUCUA